AUGAGAUGCGUUCGUUCUCAAUCGAUAUCGAGGUGCCCCAACAUUAGCAAGCGCACACGUUCACUCGAUUGUGCAAAUGCACCAUACCUCCAAAGUUUUCAACUGGUCUAUACUUUAUUUUCUUCAAAUAUUUAUUUAAACAGUACUUAUAGUUCGGCUAGCUCCUCCGCGACUAUAGCACUUCUACUAUUUAUUGCGUUCCAUAUAAAAUCUGCAAAAAUCGCCUCACAAGCUAUUGCACAUUGUACCUGUUACCUUCAUGAGUUGAGCCAACGAUGUCAGUACGUACGUGAGUGA